CCACGAGCACAACUCUGUUUCAAAUUUGCACUUUCAAUGCAAUAAUUCAAAAUACGAAAAAUAUUUCAAUUAGAUCUGUGAUAGCAUAUAAUAAUUUUUAACGAAGCCAUAAGACAUACAAGAUGACCACAUUAGACAACUCCUUGGACUCGAUUUUAGUCCAGAUUGGCGAUUUUGGGAAAUAUCAGUCGUUUAUGUUUAGUUUAGUUUGUUUUGGUGUUGUUUUACACUCUGGAGUUCAUGUAGCGUUCGUUUUUACUGCUAUGGAUGUAGAUUAUCGAUGUGAAAUUCCAAAAUGUGACGCGGUAGACCCGCAAUUUGAACCCCCUUGGUUAUCAAACGCCAUACCAUAUUCCGAAAAUGGGCCGGCAAAAUGUACAAGAUACAAAAUAAAUGCCACUGAAGACUUUGGCAAUUGCACCAAAAGAGGUGAUUUCACGACUUUGACAGAAAAAUGCGAUUCUUUCGUUUACAAAACAAGGGAAAAAAGUAUUUUACAAGAGUAUGAUCUCCAAUGUGAUGACAAUCUAUGGAAACUAACACUAGUUGGUACCAUUAAUAAUGUGGGCCAAUUUUUUGGGUUGUUUAUUUCAGGAGUCAUUUCAGACAGGUUUGGUCGUAAAGUUAUAUUCAUUUGGGGCCUUAUAUUAUGCGGAGUUUGUGGAUUACUUCGAACUCUUGCUCCAACUUAUAUUUGGUUUUUGGUUUUUGAGUUUUUGGAUGCUGCAUUUGGGGCCGGUAGCUACGUUUGUGGAUUUAUCAUGGGAGUUGAAUUGGUUGGUCCCAAAAAAAGGGUACUAACUGGUACUUUGGUGAGUUCUUGUUAUGCUUUGGGGGAGGUUUUUGCCGCCGGUUCUGCUUGGUAUUUCGAGGAUUGGAGACCGAUUAUUUAUAUCCUGUAUGGGCCCCCAAUGUUGUUGUUUGUCUAUUUCUGGAUAAUCCCCGAAUCGAUUCGAUGGAAUUUGAGUAAGGGGAGAAUAGAAGAAGCUAAAGACACCCUGAGACGCGUCGCAAAAGUCAACGGAAAACCCAUCUCGGAAGAUGCUUUAGACAAGCUCGCCAUGGUGGACCCCCUCGACUCCACCCCCAAAUCCUCCAUCUGUGAAGUCCUCAAAUCCCCCGUUUUGGUGCUCCGCCUCAUCAACUGCUUCUUCUGCUGGAUCACCUGUGCGUUCCUCUUCUACGGUUUAACACUAAACUCCGUGGCCUUGGCGGGCAAUGGCUACUUGGAUUUUAUUUUAACCUCGUUGGUGGAAAUUCCCGCUUAUUUCGCGUGUAACUACGUCGUUGAGAAAAUGGGGAGAAAAUGGUCUUUGAGUUUGUCGUUUUUCAUGACUGGCAUCUCCUGCUGUGUGUUUAUUUUCAUUCCGAAAGAUUUGCACAAUGUUAGCCUUGCGAUGUGGAUGCUUGGAAAAUUUGGGGCCACAGCUGCCUUUACAAUCAUCUACAUUAUCACAAGCGAGUUGUUCCCAACGCCGCUACGGCACUCGCUCAUGGGGGCCUGCUCGACCUUCGGGAGGAUUGGCUCCAUGAUAGCCCCCCAAACCCCCCUGCUUGCCCAAAUUUGGGAGCCUCUGCCCAUCAUAAUGUUCACAGCGAUGGCCACAAUCGCCGGACUUUUGACGCUUCUAUUUCCAGAGACUGUAAAUAUUAAGUUGCCAGAUACGAUAGAUGAAGCUAUUAGUAUAGGAAAAAGUAAAAAUAAUGUACCUAAAGACUAACAAAUCUGUGAUUGUAAAAAUACUAAACAUUAGUAUAAGAAUAUUUAUUUAAAGUA